AUGCUUGAGCCCAUAACUUGGCCGAAGUCUAACAACUACGAUGCCUAUGAUGGCGAUCAUCGAGACAGCAUAUACACGCUAGCGCUAGCUUAUAUGAAAGCCGACCAAUACACACUGGCGAAAGUCUUACUGGAGGGAGUCGUGACAUCCGAGAAGCAUUUGUCCCUCACAACCGAGGCAGCCCGUCUCUCAAGAAUGGACACACUGGCACAGGUGUAUGUUGUACUAGGUGAGGAGUACAGAGCAGAACCACUGUUUGACGAGAUAAAUGCUUUACGAGCACAAAUGUGGGAUCCAGAUCCGGAGUCACAAUACCAGCUCAUGGGAAUGCGCAAUCUCGUGACAACAUACCUCUUCUUCGGUUUGUUCGAGAAUGCGGCAUAUAUACUUGCGGAUAUAGUUCGCGUUACGACGAGGACGCUUCACCUUAGCCAUCCGACUCGACUCGAGAAUAUGGCACAGCUAGCAGCGGUGUCACUCAAAACCGGCUCCAACGACAACGCCAUUGAACUGCUCGAAGAAGUGUUGCGACUCGGAGAUUCAAAAAACCCGCCACGCCAUUGUGUGGUAGUCGAUUUAGCUGAAGCGUACAUUCGGAUUGGUAAAAGUGACAAGGCCUUGAAUUUUCUUGAAAAGACGCUCGAGAACGACACAUCUGCAACAACAAUGACCGAAGACCACAAAAUUGGGCUCUGGAGGAAGCUUGCAACAGCAUAUGGCACAUCUGGGCAAUAUCUCAGAGCUGUUUCAUCGCUACAAGAGAUCUUGCAAGUUGACGAGAACAACGGUGACCCAGCACGAGUCGGCUUUCUGGAAGCUGAUUUGGCAACUGCAUUCAUGAAUCUCGGCGAUAUCGAUAAGGCGGUAGACUUGCUGGAAGACGCGAUUUCCAGAAUCGUGCAGAAGCACACUCCGGCAGCGUAUCUCCUGUCGUCCAAGUUGGCACUCGCAUACAUGUGGACGGGCUCAUUCGCCAAAGCGAUUCCUGUGCUUGAGCAGUUGAUUCAAGCAAUGCAGGUAGGCAAGAAGUCCGCUGACAGCGAAUUGAUGCUCGAAGAGUGCAAGCUUUCAUGGGCUUACUUCCAGACUCGGAAUGUCUUCAAGGCCACCUAUCUGCUAGAUGAAGGAAUGCAGACACAGACCUUGGUUUACCCGUUCAAAUAUGAAGUUCGCUUGCGUCUGAUCAUUGAACAGGCGACCGACCGCUUGGUUCUGGAGACUCCCACUGGAACAUUUGAAGCAACAAUCAUGCUUGAAGCUGCGGUUGAGCUGGAAGAGAGGUACAUGAAGGUGGACUUCACGAGCUUAUCAGACACGCAAUUCAAGCUACUCGACGUUUACAGACAGGCAUCUGAUUUUGACAAGCUUACUUGGCAUCUCGAGAACGUCUUGAACGAGCGACUAAAGUCAUUGAGUGGCGCCGCCAAAGGACCAUUUUUGGAAAAUUGGUUUGAUGCCUGGCAAGACUAUCUGAAGAAUGAUGAUGAAGGCAUAUUGUUGUUGGAGACAGCCACUGCAGAUGACCUGAAAAGUUCUGAUGGAGAUGAUCUGGAUGCUGUGCAGCAUGCAAUGGCCGGGAUAUACUUACGGAGUUCUAAUGACAAGAAAGCCGUGCCUCUGUUGGAAGCUAUAUUCGAACGCGAAUCCGCGACACUGACCCUGGAAGAUAUUCACCGACUUGAGUGCAUGGCCUCGCUUGGUAAAGCUUAUCUCAAUCUCAAAGAGUUUACUAAAGCCAUCGAUAUGUUUCGAGCUCUCAACGAUGCCUUCGACGUCCUCCCCUUUCAGGAUGAACGACGUUUGACGACAAUGUACUCUUCAGCAUUAGCUUACCUGAACGUAGAUCAGCCUACACGAGCUGCUCAACUGCUCGAAGAGGUCGUCAUCAUUGAAGCAAGAUUGCUCCCAGAAGAUCAUGCAUGGCGUCUUUUGUCGAUGCGAAGGCUAGCUCAAGCUUAUAUGGAACUCGAGAAAAUCCGGAAAUUGGAGGAUGCUGUGUCACUGUUGCAAAAAGUGACGCAAAGAGGGCGAGAAACAUUACACACGGAUCCUCAGGAACUGGCGAUCACAGAGGCAAUGUUAGCUGAUGCGCGAGACACGCUGGCGAAGACUUUGCAGCUGCAAUCGAGAGACCAGAUACUCGCGAGUGCAUCUGCUUUGAUGAGAUGGGCGUGUCGAGAGAUCACUUCGAGAGCUGCCAUCAUGUUUUGA